GAGUAGUCGGUCGACAACCACCGACAGCGACGAUCGCCGUCGUCGACAAUCGCGAUGAAAAUGGCCGCCGAGGUGAGGUGGCUCCUGGCCUUUUUGAUAUCGUGCGCCGUCCCGUUCUCCUGUGGCGAGACGCCGCAUCGGAAAUUCGAGUACAAGUACUCGUUCAAGCCACCGUAUCUCGCGCAGAAGGACGGCACCGUACCGUUCUGGGAAUACGGCGGAAAUACUAUUGCUAGUUCAGAAAAUGUCAGAGUAGCACCGUCACUUAAAAGUCAAAAAGGUGCAAUAUGGUCGAAGCUACCAGUAACUUUCGACUGGUGGGAGGUAGACUUAGUAUUCCGUAUAAGUGGACGGUCAAGGAUAGGAGCAGAUGGUUUAGCAUUUUGGUAUACAACUGCCCAAGGUGCCUAUAAUGGUACCGUUUUUGGUAGUUCGGAUCUUUGGACAGGCCUGGGAAUUUUCUUUGAUUCAUUUGAUAAUGACAAUAAGCACAACAAUCCAUAUAUUAUGGCUAUUGUCAAUGAUGGCACAAAGAUCUUUGAUCACGCAAAUGAUGGCUCUACACAGCAAUUGGCAGGCUGUUUGCGAGAUUUUCGUAAUAAACCUUUUGCCACGCGAGCACGGAUAGAAUAUUAUAAGAAUACAUUAACGUUGAUGUUUCACAAUGGCAUGACAAACAAUGAUCAAGAUUAUGAAAUGUGCUUUCGAUUUGAUAAUGUUGUGUUACCGAAAAAUGGAUUCUUUGGAAUUUCCGCUGCUACUGGUGGUCUGGCCGACGAUCAUGAUAUCUUACAUUUUCUAACCCUCUCUUUGUAUCCUCCCGGACAGUUACCAGUUGAUGCGCAUAAAGUUUCUUUAGAGGAACAGGCAAAGCUUCAACAGGAAUACUUUGACUACCAAAAGAAACUAGAUGAGCAGAAAGAGGAAUAUCGCAAAGAACAUCCAGAUAAGUUUCGCAAACAGGAAUACGAAGAAUAUUAUGAAACGGAGGGCCAGAAAGAAUUACGGCAGAUAUUCAAUGGACAAAGUCAGAUGUUUGAUGCCUUGCGUGAACUUAACAGGAAAUUAGAUGAAAUUGUUGGAAGGCAAGAGAGAGCAUUGAGUUUGAUAUCACAAGUUCAAGCGGUCCAAGGAGGUAUGCAAGUGAAUGGUCAAUUAGGACAACAACCUGUAGCAAUUGAUUCCGUCGGCAUACGUCGGCAGGAAGUCGAUGCUGUGCUAAAUAAUCAAAAUAUCAUAUUAAGUGCGGCCAAGGAAAUCAAGUCUUUUGUGGGAGACCUUCAUACUAAGACUGAUUCUAUUCUUAACAAUCAAGCGCGCGCUCCGACUGCACAGGUGCAGCCAAUGGGAUACGAUCAUCAGUCAUUAAUGGCAGAGAUACGAGACGGACUGAAUACAUUGAAGAAAGAUAGUAAAAUUACAGGAAGCGCGGAUUGUCCUAAUUGUUUAUCAGUCAGCAUGUUCUUGCUGUUCAUCGCGAUACAAAUGAUAAUAUUAUUUGUGUAUAGCAUUUACCGAGACAAUAAAGAAGCGCAAAUGAAGAAACUCUACUAAUACACAUCAUCUGUGGUGAUUUUGCAACACAUUCUCAUUUGUGAAUUAUGUGACUCAAUAUUUUUAUUAUUCAUUAUUCAUGUCCGCGAAGUGUCUCUCGAGAUUUGUACAAUAAAUAUAUUAUCUUUGUUAGAUUGAUUUG